ACACCUUAGACUUGCGUAUAAAAACACUGGAGGAUGAUCAAGCAUUGAGGUGUUGAGUGUACAUUGAACAAACACUUGGAAAAACAUACAUAUAUCAUGUGUAUCUCUCUGUUUGAUUAAUCUACAUGCCAACUUCAAUGUCAGCAUUUCUGCGGCGGCGCUGCCGCAUGAGCAGCCUCGCCAUCAUUCGGAGCUUUACAAGAAGCUUUGCCUCGCAAACCAAAUCUUCUGCUGCUGCACUUGAUGAUCCUCAUCAUAACCAUGUGAUUGUUCAAGGAAGGGGUAAUUCGAGAACUGCCAUUUUGAAUAGACCCUCCUCACUUAAUGCCCUCGACACUUCUAUGGGGGAUACGCUACAAAAGCUGUAUGAAAGUUGGGAAAAUAACCCAGAUGUUAGGUUGGUGGCCUUGAAGGGCAGCAGCAGGGCCUUUUGUGCCGGCGGUGAUAUUGUUCGGCUGUCGCAGCUAGUGGAUAAAGGUGACCUUGAGGCCUGCAAAGAUUUCUUUUGGACAUUAUACCGUUUCAUAUACCUUCUUGGUACUUAUUUGAAGCCCCAUGUUGCACUUUUGAAUGGCAUCACCAUGGGUGGUGGAGCUGGCAUUUCAGUUCCAGGGACAUUUCGGGUGGCAACUGAAAAGACUGUGUUUGCUACACCGGAAACUUUAAUUGGUUUUCAUCCUGAUGCUGGUGCAUCAUUUUACCUCUCACAUCUUUCUGGUCGUAUAGGUGAGUACUUAGCUUUAACAGGAGACAGGCUGAAUGGAGCAGAAAUGAUGGCCUGUGGGCUUGCUACACACUAUUCCCUUCAUGCAAAGCUUCCUCUAAUCGAAGAACACAUAGGAAAUUUAGUUACGGAUGAUCCAUCUGUUGUUGAAGCUUCUUUGGAAAAGUAUAGUGACCUUGUCUAUCCUGAUAAUAUGAGUAUAAUUCAAAGGACAGAAACAAUUGACAAAUGUUUUGGCCAUGACACAGUUGAGGAGAUCAUUGAUUUUAUGGAAAGUGAGGCAGCAAGAACAACAGAUCCGUGGUGCAUUUCAACUUUAAAGAGACUUCAUGAUGCGUCACCAUUAAGCUUAAAAGUUGCCCUGAGAUCGAUACGAGAAGGAAGAUUUCAGACUCUUGAUCAGUGCCUUAUUCGUGAAUAUCGCAUGUCUUUACAAGGAGUAUCCAAGCAGAUUACAAAUGAUUUCUGUGAGGGAGUUCGGGCGCAAGUGGUGGAUAAAGAUUUUAGGCCAAAGUGGGAUCCUCCAAGCUUAGAACAUGUAUCAGAAGACAUGGUGGAUCAGUACCUUUCUCCUCUUGAUAAAAACCUGGGGCCUGAACUGGAGCUGCCUACAUCGCAGCGGGAAGCAUUUAGAUAGGAUCCAGAUACAUGGUCACUUGUGUAUAUACAUGCGGAUGUUGACUUUUUCAUAUGUAUUUUAAGGUGUUAAAAAUAUCACAUCUAAAUAUAAUCAUUUGUUAUAAAAUUUAUAUCAAAUAAAAAUUUAGAUUUAGUUUUUUUUUUUUUUUGGUAAGGAGAUUCAAAAUUUUAAUUUGAUAUAAGAGUUGAUUUUUUUUCU